ACGUCACUUCCUGUUUGUGGGCGAAGACGAGCUGACGACACAACAAGAUGGCGGCCGGCGCUUUUCUGAGCUAAUGUUUAGUUUAACUACAUGUUUAACUGACAUUUUUCCUCUUUUCCCUCCUUCAUCUUGCCCUUCGUUGUCAACUGUCACAUCACGUGUAUGCAAAGAUGCCCGUCCUGUGCAGCACCUGCACUGAGAAGCGGGCCGUGUUAAAACGUCCAAAAACUGGCCACUCGAUAUGUAAAGAGUGCUUCUUCUGGGCUUUUGAAGAAGAGGUCCAUCAGACCAUCGUGGCAGCAAACCUAUUCAAACCUGGCCAGACCGUGGGCAUCGCGGCUUCGGGUGGGAAAGACUCCACAGUCCUGGCCCAUGUGAUGAAGCUGCUGAAUGAGCGCUACAGUUACGGUCUGGAGCUCAUGCUUCUCUCUGUGGACGAGGGCAUCACUGGUUAUAGAGACGACUCUUUGGAGACGGUGAAGAGGAACCAGCAACAGUACGAGCUGCCCCUGAAGAUUGUGUCUUAUGAGGAGCUGUACGGGUGGACUAUGGAUGCCAUCGUCAAGCAGGUGGGAAUGAAAAAUAACUGCACCUUCUGCGGCGUCUUCAGGCGGCAGGCGCUAGAUAGAGGAGCUAUCAUGCUGAAAGUGGACAAGAUCUGCACAGGUCAUAACGCUGACGACAUAGCAGAGACCGUCUUGAUGAACGUCCUGCGAGGUGACAUAGCCCGUCUGCGGCGUUGCACCGCCAUCUCCACAUCAAGUGAGGGCGACGGGGUGGUACCACGCUGCAAACCUCUCAAAUACGCUUAUGAGAAAGAGAUCGUGAUGUACGCCUAUUUCAAGAAGUUGGACUACUUCUCCACAGAAUGCAUCUAUUCCCCCAACGCUUAUCGUGGCUACGCCAGAACUUUUCUAAAAGACCUGGAGAGCAUAAGACCCAGCACCAUCAUUGAUAUCAUCCAUUCAGGUGAGAACCUGUCCAUACGGGAGGGGGUGAAGAUGCCCGUGCAGGGCAGCUGCAGCAAGUGUGGCUACAUCUCCAGUCAAACACUGUGCAAGUCAUGCGUGCUGCUGGAGGGCCUGAACCGAGGCUUGCCCAAACUAGGCAUCGGGAAACACCAUCGUUUGCAUGACAAGAUUAUCUCCAAUCAUCCCCUCACAGAGAAGGAGGAAAGGAAGUUAAAAGUGGUUGACAUUUGAGAAAGGAGCCUUGCUAAUUACUCGAUGAUGUUAAUGUUUAUGGCUGUGUUUGAAUUAGUGCACUCAAUAACUAUUCUAUCUCCAGCAUUGGUUCUUAACCUUUUUGGAGGUACCCAACCCCCCCAGUUUCAUAUACGCAUUCACCGAACCCUUCUUUAGUGAAAAAUAAAAUGUUGGUUUUUUUUCAAA